AGCGCGCGUAGCUGCGGCUGUGUGCGUGCUAGAUGUUUUGGAGGGUUGUCGGCGCUUCGUUAGGGUUCGAUUUGUUCAGUCAUCAACAGCAUUCGUGACUGGCAACGUCGCCAACUCGUGUGAGACUCGAAUGGGAGAAUCGAGAAUCGAGAAUCGGUGAAUCGAGAAUCGGAGAAUCGAGAAUCGGCCAGCCGAGAAUCGAACUGGGAAUCUGAGAGAUACAAGAAUUGAUGAGCCGCACACCUUCCGUGUUCCGCAGUCCGCAGUCCGCAGUCAGUGUGUGUGCCGAGUGUGUGUGAGCCGUGAACCGCGCGAGAUGUGUGUGUGCGAGAUAUAUCCGAUAUAGGCAGUUUAGUCCCGCAUCCCAGGCCCUCCGGAUCGGAAGCACAAACACCCAGAAAGCCCGGAAAGCCCUGAAAUAAAAAAACAAAUUCCAGCCAGGACGAGAUAUCACUUCAAAACACUAUUUUUUUCGAGUGAUUCCCCAACAAAUACAUAUGUUCUUUUGAAUCAGAAUCAGAAUCAGAAAUGUGCGCGUGUAUGAGUGUCAAGUGCCACCCAAAACAACAACACCACCACCUCGACCUCGACCAGCAGCACCACCAACAACAACCCGAAACAUGUGCGAAAUAAUCUGCAUCCGCAUCCGCAUCUGCAUCUGCAUCUGCAUCUGCACCAGCAUCAGCUGCAGCUCUCCGGCCCCCACAAUGGCCUGAACCUGAGCCCCCAACACCCACGACUCAACUCCAAACCAAAUCCAAAAAGCAAACCAAUCACAUCCCCAUCUCUCGAUCGCAGAGUCCAGGAACUGAACUUCCAGCAACUCGAAUUGGCUUAUUCAACGCUAUUUAUGAAUUUUUUUGAGCACGUAAAGCGACAGUAACCAGCUAGUUAGUACUAGGUGUAGUGUGAAGUGACAACCAAACAAACAAACAAACAAACAAACAAACAAACAGCAAACAAACAAACAGUUAACAAGCAACAAGCAAAGAAAAUUAAACACCAAACUUUACCAAAACCAAACCCAAUCCAAGAACUAUUCUUCGGCGCCAAUGCCAGGCCUAGAGCUACCACCAGCCACUGGAUCCGCCUUCUGAACCAUCCGAGUCCGGAACCACACCACUGGAAAGCCCACGAAUGCAGCCAACAUUGCCACAAGCCGCUGGGACAGCCGAUAUGGAUCUGACGGCUGUUCAAUCAAUCAACGAUUGGUUUUUCAAAAAGGAGCAAAUUUAUUUAUUGGCACAAUUUUGGCAACAGGUAAUACUCCCCACAGACCCGGACCAGACCCCCCUAUCCGGACCCCGCGCUACCCUGGCCGAGAAGGAAGUGAACACCCUGAAGGAGCAGCUAUCCACCGGCAACAGCGACACCCUCACCAGCAACAACAACAGCACCGACAACAGCGACACAGCAGCAGCAGCAGCAGCAGCAGCGGCGGCAGCAACAGUAGCAGGAGCCACUGCCACCAUUAAGAGCGAGGAGGAACAGGCGGGAAUCUUGGAGAGCCUGGAGCACAUCACGCUGCAGCAGCAGCAGCAGCAGCAGCACCUCAACGGCGGCAGCCUGCUGGCGAACGCGGCGGCGAGCGCCAACACGCCGUCGCCCUCGCCGCCGUUGCUCACCGCCGAGCAGCAGCAGCAGUUGCAGAGCAGCCUGCAGCAGGGCGGCGGCUGCCUCAACCCGAAGCUCUUCUUCAGCCACGCCCAGCAGAUGAUGAUGGAGGCGGCAGCGGCGGCGGCGGCAGCGGCAGCGGCCCUCCAGCAGCAGCAGGAGGAGUCCGACGUGGCGGCCGACCAGGCGGGGGCAGCGGCCUCCGAGGUGGCGGCAGCCACCAGCACCCUCAACCACACCAGCAGCAGCACAGCCCACGACCAGGACGAGGAGGAGGAGGGCGAGGACGCCGAGGAGGAGGAGGAGGAGGAGGCUGAGGACGAGGAGGAGGACGACAACGCCUCGAUGCAGUCGAACGCCGACGACAUGGAGCUGGACGGCCCGCAGGAGGCGGUCGCCGGGAUGGCGGCCGAGGCCGAGGCGGGCGCCCCAAGAACUGAGCCAAGGACUGAGCGGGGUGAGGAGCAGCUGGGGGCGGACAAGGAGGCGGCGGAGGCAGGUCUGCUGGCCGUUAGCAAUAAUCACACGAGCGAGAGCAAUAAUAGUUGUAGUCGGAGGAGUGCGUGCCACGCCGGCGAGGGGCACGAGGAGCAGCAGCAGCAGCAGCAGCAGCAGCAGCAGCAGCAGCGGGUGGCAGGCAGUGGCGAGGACGAGGACGACUGCGCCAACAACAACACCAACUCCACCAGCAACAACAACAGCACCAGCAGCACCGCCACCACGCCCGGCAAUGCCAAUACAGCUACCACCAACAACAACAAUAACAACAACAACAACAAUACUAAUAACAACAACAAUAACAACAACAACAACAGUAGUGGCAACAGCGAGAAGCGCAAGAAGAAGAACAACAACAACAACAACGGCCAGCCAGCCGUCCUGUUGGCCGCCAAAGAUAAAGAGAUUAAGGCCCUGCUGGACGAACUGCAGCGCCUGCGGGCCCUCGAGCAGACCCACCUCGUGCAGAUCCAGCGCCUCGAAGGACACCUGGAGGUGAAGCGCCAGCACAUCAUCCGCCUGGAGGCCCGCCUCGACAAGCACCAGAUCAACGAGGCGCUCGCCGAGGCCACCGCCCUGGCGGCUGCCACCAACAACAACAACAACAACAACAUUAGCCAGAGCAGCGACAACAACAACAAGCUGCCCCUCGAAGCCCCAGAGCUGGCCGAGGCCGCCGCCGCCGCCUGCGCCUCCGCCGUCGUCGAGGACGAGGAGGAGGAGGAGGAGCGCGACCAGGCCAUGCUGGUGGACGGCGAGGAGCAGGAGGACAACGACGAGAAGGAGGAGAAGGAGGAGGAGGAGCUGGAGGAGGCCGAGGAGGCCCCAGUCCUCCCAGCCACCAACGAAGGCAACGAGCUCAAAAUCAAAAAGGAACAGCACAGUCCGCUGGAUCUGAACGUGCUCAGUCCUCAGUCGACGAUCGCCGCCGCCGCCGCGGCCGCCGCAGCCGCCGCCUGCGCGAACGACCCCAACAAGUUCCAGGCCCUGCUCAUGGAGCGGACCAAGGCCCUGGCCGCCGAGGCGCUGAAGAACGGCAGCGGGGACGCCGCCAAUGAAGAUGGAAGCCUCUCGCAGCCGCAGCCCCCGCACCACCACCCGCAGCACCCACAGCACCCGCACUCGGCCGCCAGCCAGCCGAACCCCGCGGAGAACCACCACCACCACCUGCACCUGCUCCACCCCUCGGCCGCCGCGGCGCACCACCUGCAGCAGGCGCAGCAGCACCACCAUCACCACCACCACCAGGACGGCAGCUCCAGCUCGAGCGCCACCAGCACCCCGGCCAGCAACGGCGCCAAGGCGGCCCAGAUGCUCCAGGACCCGGAGUCGGCCGCCGCCACCGCCACCGCCAACGGACUGGCCGCCGCCGCCAUGGCCGCCCACGCCCAGCACGCCCUCGGCCCGGCCGGGUUCCUGCCGGGCCUCUCGCCGGCCUUCCAGUUCGCCGCCGCCGCCGCUGCCGGGCAGGACGCCCGCGGACACUACCGGUUCGCCGACGCGGAGCUGCAGCUGCCCCCGGGCGCCUCGAUGGCCGGCCGGCUGGGCGAGUCCCUCAUCCCCAAGGGCGACCCCAUGGAGGCCAAGCUGCAGGAGAUGCUGCGCUACAACAUGGACAAGUACGCCAACCAGGCCCUGGACACCCUCCACAUCUCGCGCCGCGUCCGCGAGCUCCUCUCCGUGCACAACAUCGGCCAGCGGCUCUUCGCCAAGUACAUCCUGGGCCUCUCGCAGGGCACCGUCUCGGAGCUGCUCAGCAAGCCCAAGCCCUGGGACAAGCUCACCGAGAAGGGCCGGGACAGCUACCGGAAGAUGCACGCCUGGGCCUGCGACGACAACGCCGUCAUGCUGCUCAAGUCGCUGAUUCCCAAGAAAGACUCUGGCCUUCCCCAGUACGCCGGCCGAGGACCCGGCGGCGGAGGCGACGACUCCAUGUCCGAGGACCGCAUCGCCCACAUCCUGAGCGAGGCCUCCUCGCUGAUGAAGCAGUCCAGUGCCGCCCAGCAGCAGCGGGAUCACGGCCGCGAGGACUCCCACAGCAACGAGGACAGCAAGUCGCCACUCCAGAGCUGCACCUCGCCCUUCUUCAAGGUGGAGCAACAGCUCAAGCAGCAGCACCUCACUCCGGAUCAGGCCCAGCAACAGCGGGAGCGUGAGCGCGAAAGGGAGCGCGAGCGGGAGCAGCAGCAGCGGCUGCGGCAUGAGGAUCUCGCCCAGGACAAGAUGGCCCGGCUCUACCAGGAGCUCAUUGCCCGCACUCCCCGUGAGACGGGUUUCCCCAGCUUCCUGCUGUCGCCCUUCUUCGGAGGAGCAGCCGGCAUGCCAGGAGCAGCCGCCAACGCCUUCCCCGCCGCCAUGGCCGCCGACGAGAACAUGCGGCACGCCUUCGAGCGGGAGAUCGCCAAGCUGCAGCAGGCGCAGCAGCAGCAGGCCCAGCAGCAGCAGCAGCAGUUCCCCAACUUCUCCAGCCUGAUGGCCCUGCAGCAGCAGGUGCUCAACGGCGCCCAGGAUCUCUCCCUGGCCGCCAAGGACAUCAAGCUGAACGGCCAGCGCUCCUCGCUGGAGCACAGUGCCGGCAGCAGCAGCUGCUCCAAGGACGGCGAGAGGGAGGACAACUACGCCGCGUCCCUACACGGCCUCAAGUCGGAAGGAGGCGGCACUCCUGCUCCUCCCUCUGCAGGACAGCCGCCCUUGGCGUCCUCUGGUGGACCAGGUGCAAGUGGAGCCUCCGGUGGUGCCGGCAGUAACUCGGCAGCCCCUAGCCCUCUGAGCAACUCCAUCCUGCCACCGGCGAUGAGCAGCCAGGGCGAGGAAUUUGCCGCCACAGCGAGCCCUCUCCAGAGGAUGGCCUCGAUCACCAACUCCCUGAUCACCCAGCCCCCGGUGACGCCCCACCACAGCACGCCCCAGCGGCCGACCAAGGCGGUCCUGCCGCCGAUCACCCAGCAGCAGUUCGACAUGUUCAACAACCUCAACACGGAGGACAUCGUGCGCCGGGUGAAGGAGGCCCUCUCCCAGUACUCGAUAUCCCAGCGACUCUUCGGCGAGUCCGUGCUGGGCCUCUCGCAGGGAUCCGUCUCGGACCUGCUGGCCCGGCCCAAGCCCUGGCACAUGCUGACCCAGAAGGGGCGCGAGCCCUUCAUCCGCAUGAAGAUGUUCCUGGAGGACGAGAACGCAGUGCACAAGCUGGUGGCCAGCCAGUACAAGAUCGCGCCCGAGAAGCUGAUGCGCACCGGCAGCUACAGCGGAAGCCCCCAGAUGCCGCAGGGCUUCGCCUCCAAGAUGCAGGCCGCCUCGCUGCCCAUGCAGAAGAUGAUGAACGAGCUGAAGCUGAAGCCGGAGGGCCAGCAGCACCUCAUGCAGCAGAUGCAGGCCGCAGCCAUGUCGGCGGCCAUGCAGCAGCAGGCGGCGGUGGCCCAGCAGCAGCAGGUGGCGGUCGCGGCCGCUGCCCAGCAGCAACAGCAGCAGCAGCUCCAGCACCAGCACCUCCAGCAGCAGCACCUGCAGCAGCAGGCGGCGGUAGCGGCGGCAGCUGUGGCCGGCCAGCACCCCCACCACACAGCGGCGGCGGCGCUGCACCACCAGAGCAUGCUCCUGACCUCGCCAGGCCUACCACCCCAGCACGCCAUCAGCCUGCCGCCCGGCGGCGGCAAUGCCAGCGCCGGAUCUGGCUCCGGAGUAGCUCCCGGGGGAGCUCCCAACGCCAACAACGCCAGCCCUGCCGGCGGCGGUAGCGCCGAGAAGAAGCCCAUGCUGAUGCCCGUCCAUGGUGCGAACACCAUGCGAAGCCUCCACCAGCACAUGUCGCCCACCGUCUACGAAAUGGCCGCCCUCACCCAGGACCUGGACACCCACGACAUCACCACCAAGAUCAAGGAGGCCCUGCUGGCCAACAACAUCGGCCAGAAGAUCUUCGGCGAGGCGGUCCUCGGACUCUCCCAGGGCUCCGUCUCGGAGCUGCUGAGCAAGCCGAAGCCCUGGCACAUGCUCUCGAUCAAGGGCCGGGAGCCCUUCAUCCGGAUGCAGCUCUGGCUGAGCGACGCCAACAACGUGGAGCGGCUGCAGCUGCUGAAGAACGAGCGGCGGGAGGCCUCCAAGCGGAGGAGGAGCACCGGACCGAACCAGCAGGACAACAGCAGCGACACCUCCAGCAACGACACCAACGACUUCUACACCAGCAGUCCCGGGCCCGGCUCCGUGGGCAGCGGCGUGGGUGGAGCCCCGCCCAGCAAGAAACAGCGCGUCCUCUUCUCCGAGGAGCAGAAGGAGGCCCUCCGCCUGGCCUUCGCACUCGACCCGUACCCCAACGUGGGCACCAUCGAGUUCCUGGCCAACGAGCUCGGCCUGGCCACCCGGACGAUCACCAACUGGUUCCACAACCACCGCAUGCGCUUGAAGCAGCAGGUGCCGCACGGCCAGCCCGGCCAGGACAACCCCAUCCCGAGCCGCGAGAGCACCAGUGCCACGCCCUUCGAUCCCGUCCAGUUCCGCAUCCUGCUGCAGCAGCGCCUCGUCGAGCUGCACAAGGAGCGCAUGGGUCUGAGCGGCGCCCCGAUCCCCUAUCCGCCGUACUUCGCCGCCGCCGCCCUUCUGGGCCGCAGCCUGGGGAUUCCCGGAGCGGCGGCAGCUGCCGGAGCAGCGGCUGCAGCAGCGGCAGUGGGUGCCGCCGGCUCCGGCGGAGCCGAUGAGCUGCAGGCCCUCAACCAGGCCUUCAAGGAGCAGAUGAGCGGCCUGGACCUCUCCAUGCCCAGCCUGAAGCGCGAGCGCAGCGCCGACUACCAGGACGACAUGGAGCACAACCUGAGUGACAACGAGAGCCUGGAGGGCUCCGGCGGCCAGGACGGAGAUCUGGACAAGACCGGGGGCACCACCGACUACGAGAAGGUCCUCCACAAGUCCGCCCUCGCCUCGGCAGCGGCCUACAUGUCGAAUGUGGUAAGAAGCUCCCGCCGCAAGCCGGCGGCGCCCCAGUGGGUGAAUCCCGCUGGAGCCGGAGGUCCUGCCGCCAAUCCCGUGGUGGCCGCCGCCGUGGCAGCAGCCGCAGCAGCAGCAGCGGCCGCCGAGGGCGAGCGGAUCAUCAACGGCGUGUGCGUGAUGCAGCCCUCGGAGUACGGAGUGCGGGGCGAGGAUAACGAGGGCAAGGGCGGCGAAGACUCCUCCAUGGGAGGCGGCGACGCCGAGCUGGAGAUCGACCAGCGCUUCAUGGAGCCGGAGGUGAGCAUCAAGCAGGAGGAGGACGACGAGGAGGAGGAGGAGCCAGUCCAGGCGCACCCACUCCUGGAGGGCGCCGGGGAGGAGGCCGCCGAGCAGAAGCUCAAGGUCGUCAACGAGGAGAAGCUGCGCAUGGUGCGGGUGCGUCGGCUCAGCAGCAACGCCGAGGAGUCCGCCGUGGGAGACUCCGCCAGCGGCGCCUCCAACCCCGCCGCCUGCUCGCCGCCAGCCGGAAACGGCAGCGGGGCCGGAGUGGGAGCCGGAGCCGGCGCUGGCUGGUCCUAUUAGGAGUGGAGCCGCAGCCGCAGCAGCAGCCGCCGAAGAGCGAACAGUGCAAUGAGCGUUUACUUGUGAUUAAGUUUGAUUGAUCGGAACACCCACACACCCACACCACACCACACACCACCCACACACGUAUAUAUAUAUAGAUCUAAAGAAUAAUAGCACCUAGGACCUUAGGAAAGUCUACAUAUUUUUUUUUUUUUUUUUGCAUUUGUCUUAAGGACUAAGGAUUAAGGAUAAAGGACUAAGGAUAAUCCGGUUAGGAUUAGAGCGAGAGUUGUAAUAGUUAUAGCUAAAAGUUUAGAGACGCUAUGCGAAAACCCAGAGAAAGAGAAAAAGUAUUAGAGAAAGCUGGAGGAGAAGAGGGAGAAAGUGAGAAGAGAGUGGAGAGAAGAGAGAAGAGAGUGGAGAGUGGAGAGUGGAGAGAAGAGGAGAUGAACCCUGACUUGCCGAAGAACUUUAACCAAAACGAGGUCGAAAUCCAGAGCGAAGAAGAUCCGAUCUUGCAAAGAUUUGUUCGAUUUGUUUCUACUUGAAGACUGUAAGCAAAGGCGGUACACGUAAUUCUACGCUAAACACAUUUUUUUUUUUACCACUAUUAUUAUUAUUAUUAUUAUUAUUAUUGCUAUUGUACUGUGUAGAGGUAGCCAUGUAAAUAAUUAAAUAAAUUCUGUAAAUAGAGUUCUUGCGAGGCAGCACUUGCUUUCGAUCUUCCUACGAUAUAACCCAAAAAAAAAAACAAAAACAAAAGCAAAAGCAAAAACAAAACAAAUUCAAAAUUAAGGAUAACCAUCAGCUACCGACUUGUUUAACUAUCUUUUGAUCUCAAGAAAAAACAAAAACAAAAACACGAAAAUUAAUACGAAAAAACUUUAAAUAAAAAACUAAAAGCUGAAUAAGGAGAGUGGAAUGGAGAAAGGAGAAAGGAGAAAGAAGGAAAGGAGGAAGUAAAAAGUAAAAGAUAGUUAAAGGAGAGAGUUGAGGAGCUGCGAGGAGCAGAGUUGUUUUCCCCACAUUCUGGUUUUUAUUUCCGGUUUUCCGACGACGGGGGAGAAUGCGGAAGGAAAGCGAAGCAAAAA